AAAAUUGUUCAUACUAUUCCCUAAUUAAUGUGAGUUGGAUCUAUAAUAAUAGGCCCACUUUCAUUUUGAGUUAUUUGUUAUUUGUGUCCUAUCUUGUUUUUAUUUAAUCAAUCUAGGUUGUAGCUUAUCAAUUUUUUAGCUUUGGCUUCAUUUUAUAAUUUUAAAAAUUAUAUUAUUAUUCCUUUAUCAUUCAGUUUGAAAUAUUUCCUAAUUUCCAGUGUGAUUUCUUUUUGACUCAUGACAUUAUAAAUGUUUGAUUUUCAAAUAUUUGGGAGUUUUCUAGAUGGCUUAAUGUUAUUAAUUUCUAAUUUCAUUGAGAAUAUAUGAUUUCAGUAUUUUUACAUGUAUUGAGAUUUUAUGGCCUAACUUAUGGCCUAUCUUGUUGAACAUGCUGUGUACAUUUGAAGUUGUUGAGGUGAUUAGGGUAAGGUCAUUAUAGUGUUCAAAUCUAUGCCUUUACUGAUUUUUUUCAAGUUUUCUACCAGUUGUUAAAAGGGAUUUAAACACCUUCACUCAUGGUUAUGGAAUUGUUUUUUUUCCUAUUUCUCCCUUUAAUUCUGUCAAUUUUUGCCCCAUAAAUCUUGAAAUCUAUUAUUCAGAUUUAUGAUUUUUAUGAUCUUGUCAUAUAGAUACACAUAUAUAUUUUAUAAUCUUAGUCAUUACUACUUUAGGUUUCUUAGGCUUACUGUUGCAUGGUAUGUGUUGCGGGAAGUCAGGGACCCCAAAUGGAGGGACCGGCUGGAGCCGCGGCAGAGGAACAUGAAUUGUGGAGAUUUCAUUUUAAUAUGGACAUAUAUCAGUUCCCAAAACUAAUACUUUUAUAAUUUCUUACACCUGUCUUUACUGCAAUCUCUGAACAUAAAUUGUGAAGAUUUCAUGGACAUUUAUCACUUCCCAAAUAAUACUCUUAUAAUUUCUUACGCCUGUCUUAUUUUAAUCUCUUAAUCCUCUUAUCUUCGUAAGCUGAGGAUGUACGUCACCUCAGGACCACUGUAAUUGUAUCUGACUGUACAAAUUGAUUGCAAAACGUGUGUUUGAACAAUAUGAAAUCAGUGCACUUUGAAAAAGAAAGAAUAACCACGAUUUUAGGGAACAAGGGAAGACAACCACAAGGUCUGACUGCCUGUGGGGUCGGGCAGAAUAGAGCCAUAUUUUUCUUCUUGCAGAGAGCUUAUAAAUGGACGUGUAAGUAGGAGAGAUAUUGCUAAAUUCUUCUCCUAGCAAGGAAUAUUAAAUAUUAAGACCCUAGGAAAAGAAUUGCAUUCCCAGGGGGAGGUCUAUAAACGGCCACUCUGAGAGUGUCUGUCUUACGCAGUUGAGAUAAGGACUGAAAUACACCCUGGUCUCCUGCGGUACCCUCAGGCUUAUAUCUAGGAUGGGGAAAAAAUCCUGCUGUGGUAAAUUUGAGGUCAGACCGGUUCUCUGCUCUUGAACCCUGUUUUCUUUUGUUUAAGAUGUUUAUCAAGACAAUACACAGCUGAACAUAGACCCUCAUCAGUAAUUCUAAGUUUGCCCUUUGCCUUGUGAGCUUUGCUUUGCCCUUGCCUUGUGAUCUUUAUUGGCCUCAGAAGCAUGUGAUCUUGUUCUCCCUUUUGCCCUUUGAAGCAUGUGAUCUUUGUGACCUACUCCCUGUUCGUACACCCCCUCCCCUUUUGAAAUCCUUAAUAAAAACUUGCGGGUUUUGUGGCUCGGGGCAUCACGGUCCUGCUGAUACGUGACGUCACCCCCGGAGGCCCAGCUGUAAAUUCCUCUCUUUGUACUCUUUCUCUUUAUUUAUCAGACCGGCCGACACAUAGGGAAAAUAGAACCUACGUUGAAAUAUUGGGGGCAGGUUCUCCUGAUAGGUUUUGAGGUUUUGCUGAAGAUAUUCCUGAAGAAUCAUCCCAGGUGCCACACUAAAAAAAUGAUCCAGUUGACAGCUACCCCGGUGAGUGCACUUGUUGAUGAGCCAGUGCAUAUCCGAGCUACAGGCCUGAUUCCCUUUCAGAUGGUGAGUUUUCAGGCAUCACUGGAAGAUGAAAACGGAGACAUGUUUUAUUCUCAAGCCCACUAUAGGGCCAAUGAAUUCGGUGAGGUGGACCUGAAUCAUGCUUCUUCACUUGGAGGGGAUUAUAUGGGAGUCCACCCCAUGGGUCUCUUCUGGUCUCUGAAGCCUGAAAAGCUAUUAACAAGACUGUUGAAAAGAGAUGUGAUGAAUAGGCCUUUCCAGGUCCAAGUAAAACUUUAUGACUUAGAGUUAAUAGUGAACAAUAAAGUUGCCAGUGCUCCAAAGGCCAGCCUGACUUUGGAGAGGUGGUAUGUGGCACCUGGUGUCACACGAAUUAAGGUUCAAGAAGGCCGCCUUCGAGGAGCUCUCUUUCUCCCUCCAGGAGAGGGUCUCUUCCCAGGGGUAAUUGAUUUGUUUGGUGGUUUGGGUGGGCUGCUUGAAUUUCGGGCCAGCCUCCUAGCCAGUCGUGGCUUCGCCUCCUUGGCCUUGGCUUACCAUAACUAUGAAGACCUGCCCCCCAAACCAGAAGUAACAGAUUUGGAAUAUUUUGAGGAGGCUGCCAACUUUCUCCUGAGACAUCCAAAGGUCUUUGGCUCAGGCGUUGGGGUAGUCUCUGUAUGUCAAGGAGUACAGAUUGGACUAUCUAUGGCUAUUUACCUAAAGCAAGUCACAGCCACGGUACUUAUUAAUGGGACCAACUUUCCUUUUGGCAUUCCACAGGUGUAUCGUGGUCAGAUCCAUCAGCCCCUUCCCCAUUCUGCACAAUUAAUAUCCAUCAAUGCCUUGGGGUUACUAGAGCUCUAUCGCACUUUUGAGACAACUCAAGUUGGGGCCAGUCAAUAUUUGUUUCCUAUUGAAGAGGCCCAGGGGCAAUUCCUCUUCAUUGUAGGAGAAGGUGAUAAGACUAUCAACAGCAAAGCACAUGCUGAACAAGCCAUAGAACAGCUGAAGAGACAUGGGAAGAACAACUGGACCCUGCUAUCUUACCCUGGGGCAGGCCACCUGAUAGAACCUCCCUAUUCUCCUCUGUGCUGUGCCUCAACGACCCAUGAUUUGAGGUUACACUGGGGAGGAGAGGUGAUCCCACACGCAGCUGCACAGGAACAUGCUUGGAAGGAAAUCCAGAGAUUUCUCAGGAAGCACCUCAUUCCGGAUGUGACCAGUCAACUCUAAGAAGACUAGAUAUUCCUAGAAAAUAAAGAAGCAAAUCUCUAUACCAGGACCUUCUCUCAAUUUUCAUGGCAGAAUGUCUCCCCUAACUGCCACAUACAUUUUGUAUUAAUUUUAAUGAUUAAAAAGAGCAUAGGGUAAAAACCUGAUAUUUCACUUAUACUGCAUAACAAGCUAACCAAACUGGACAUGGUGGAUAAAUCAUAAAACAAAUCAUUUUACUUAUUAUUUACAUGACUUUUCUUUCCAUCAGAUCUUCUAAAUAGGACUGAGGUAUAGUACACUGGCAAAAAUAAGAAAAGGCAAACAAGAAUAGCACCAAAGUGACAGAUACCUAAAACCAAAUACCAUGUCAGAAAACACUAUAUAGUAAGAAUUUAUCAGAUUAGAGCAGCAGGAGAAAAUUAAUACUAAAUUAUAAUCAUUUUAGUGAUAUUUUUCAACUUCACCACAGUAACUUUGCAACAUCAUUUUUCAUUUGUGGGGUAGUAAAAUUCAUGUCAAAAAGGAAAGAAGGAAUGGAGGAAGUCAGUUAGUUCAUUGCAAUAAAUUACCUCUUCAGUUCUUAAAAACAUGCCCAUUGGCACAUAAUUGAGACAUAAUAACUAAGACUAGAAGAGCCUUGGUUUAAGUUAUGAAGCAAAUUAAAAUGGAAAAUACAAGAAAAUAGAACCAAUUAGGUUGAAAAUGCCCCUUACUGAAAAUCUGUAUUAAAAAUAAAAUUAAUAAAAGUAAAAAAUAAAAAUAGAAACAUAACUCUAUUAGUACAGGCUAGCCUGGGGAGUUUGAUAAACUGAGUGAUUGGGUCAACUGUCACUGUACUUCCAUAAUGAAUUUCUUCAGUCAUGUUGGAGUAGCAUAUGAAUGUGAGCUCUAUAAGGACAGGUACUAUAUUUCCGUAAGACCCAAAUGGUUACUGUACGGCCCAUAAAUAAAAAAUACUUUAGUUUGAUAACCAACUGAAUAUAUGAGGACUCCAUGUAAUUCAACCACAUGGUUGUUUGCUGUACAGUCCUUUGCAAAUAUUAAAAAUUUUUUUUUGCUAUAAGGCUUUGAUCAUAUAGUUCUCAUAGCAACAUAACUACCAUCUAGCAUGUACCACAUUUUGCAAGACUUUGAGUUCAACAUUCCAAACUGUCAAUUUGUAUUAUGUCCAAAUACAAUAUCCUUGAGGAAUAUAGUGGGUCAGUUAAAUAUCUAGAGACAUACAAACAUCUGCUAAUUCAUCUCAUUGAGAUGGAUCAUUCUGAUCUCCAUCAUCAACCCGCUUUUCAUCAGCUUCUCCUACUUCAUUCUCCUCAUAGUCUUUAUCAUGAGGGAUUCUGUAUCCUGUCUCUCAUCUACACUUUCUGGCCUUCCUGGUUGUGAUUUAUUGGUACAGUCUACACAAAAACCAUAGGGUCAAGAUCCAUGACUUACUGCAACACUGGCUGCUAACAUGAUCUUACAUACCAUACAUUUGCAUUUUUAUCCUUCUUAUGCACCAAGAAAUGUUUUCUUAAAUGUUUUCUUCAAGUGUAAAAAAUCACAGCUAAAUGAUCUCACUCCUGUAUGAAUAAGCAAGUGCUUUUUUAAUGUUUGUUUGCAUUUGGCUGCAUAGCUACAAUGAUGGCAUUUUAACUUAUUCAUGAUUAGAGAUGAUGAUAUGGUUUGGAUAUUUGUUGUGCCCAAAUUUCAUGCUGAAAUGUAAUCCCUAGUGUUGGAGGUGAGGCCUGGUGGGAGAUGUUUGUGUCAUGGGGGUGGACCCUCAUGGCUUGGUACUGUCCUCAUGAGAGUAUGAUACUGAGUUCUCAAGAGAUCUGACUGUUUAAAAGUGUGUGGCACCUCCUCCCCGUCCUCCCACUCUUUCUUGCCUCCUCUCUCGCCAUGUGAGAUGCCUCCUCACCGUUCACCUGCUGCCAUGAUUGUAAACUUCCUGAGGCCUCCCCAGAAGCCAAGCAGAUGCAAGCAUUAUGCUUCUGUAAAGCCUGCAGGACCAUGAUCCAAUUAAAUCUCUUUUCUUUAUAAAUUAC